AUGGGAAAGUCUCAAUCUAAGCUUUCACCGACGCAGCUCGAUGAGCUGCAAAGGGCAACACAUUUCGAUAAGAAGGAGCUACAACAAUGGUAUAAAGGAUUUCUCAAGGACUGCCCGUCUGGUACUCUGACCAAGGAGGAGUUUCAGAAAAUAUACCGGCAGUUCUUUCCCUUCGGCGACCCGUCAUCCUUUGCCAAUUAUGUUUUUCGCGUUUUCGACUCGGACAACAGUGGUAUGAUCGAUUUCAAAGAAUUUAUCUGCGCCCUUUCCGUGACUUCGCGAGGCAAGAUGGAGGAUAAACUGGAUUGGGCAUUCCAAUUGUACGAUAUUGACGGCGAUGGGAAAAUCACCUAUGAAGAAAUGCUGGCCAUUGUCGAGGCGAUCUAUAAGAUGGUUGGAUCCAUGGUGAAACUCCCCGAGGAUGAAGAUACCCCAGAGAAACGCGUACGAAAGAUCUUCCGCAUGAUGGACAAGGAUGAAAAUGGCAGUCUUGACAUCGACGAGUUCAAAGAAGGCAGCAAACGGGAUGAAACCAUCGUCAGUGCUUUGUCGCUUUACGACGGAUUAGUUUAG